AAAUACCAAAACCAAUCAAGAGAGAAACAGAUAGCUUUAAUUUGGUUCACUCUGGUCUUCCUCACUCACCCUGUAAACCCCCCCUUCUUUUACUAUUAUAUAUAUUCUUUCUUUGAAAAAUAUAUAAAUGGUUCAAUUUCUUUCUUUCUUGUUAGUAAUUGGGAAAUUGUGUUUCCAUUGAAUGGUUUUCAAGUUGUUUAUUAUAUCAGUUUCCUCCAAUGGGAGCUCAGAAGAGCGUCCAUGCCGGCAGAGCAAAGAUAGAUGUCAAUGUUGAUUUCACACACAGACUGUGUGCUGCUAUGAUGGUUCAUUCUUUCAGAAAUUCUGGCUCCAGCAGUCCACUUUCACUGAUUGUUGGAAGUCUUUGCAUAAAACAUCCGAAUUUAUUUGGAAAAAGUGAGAAACUCGAUGUACUGUGGGAUAAAGGGAUUUCAGAUUCCAAUAUAUUGAUUGCGUAUAGGAAGCCUAGGCCAGAAUGGCUUGCUCAACAUUCGUUUGUCAUUCAGCACUCAAUUUCGCCUGAGGUUGGGAUACAUGGUGUGCCUGUUGACAACUUCUCCCAAACAGGGAGUGGAGGUGUGAAUCUAUGCCGAUUCUCUGCUGGCCUAGAGCUAGAUGAGCCUGGAAGUUCCAAUUGGAGCAGUAAAACUAGUAUAAAGUUUGAGCAUGUCCGUCCUGUGAAUGAUGAUGGUCGCUCAAUUUGUAGAGAUCUUCAUGGAUUUCCAGUGACUUCAAGUGGAAGUUGUGAUGAUAGUAUGGUAGUCCUGAAACAAGAAUCCAGAUUCGCCAAGGCCAAUGAUCAUAGUUUCACUCGGUUUAACCUACAAAUAGAACAAGGGAUUCCGCUCAUGUCAAAGUGGCUAAUCUUCAACCGUUUCAAGUUUAAUGCAUCUAAGGGCGUUAAAGUUGGCCCUGGCUUUCUCUUGGCAAGCCUUACAGGCGGUUCUAUUGUUGGUGAUAUUGCUCCUUACCAAGCAUUUUCUAUCGGGGGACUUGGUAGUGUGCGGGGCUAUGGUGAGGGAGCAGUUGGAUCCGGCAGAUCUUGCUUGGUUGCCAACACCGAACUCACAUUCCCAUUGAAUGAGAUGCUUGACACUGCAUUCUUCUGUGAUUGUGGAACUGAUUUGGGCUCUGGUCGCUAUGUUCCCGGCAAUCCGGGCUUGAGACAUGGAAAACCAGGAGCCGGAGUUGGUGCUGGAUAUGGAAUUCGGGUCAAGUUCCCUGUAGGCCAAUUUCAUGUCGACUAUGCCCUCAAUGCCUUUCAACAAAAGACCAUCUAUUUUGGCUUUAACAAUGUUGCUUCUUGAUUUAUUGACCCUUAUAAGCCUUUGGUUUAUUUGGACCUUCGGAAGAUCAGUUUGGUCAAUUAUUUCCAUCUCUUGGAAUAUUGGUCAAAUCCAACAAAUUUUGUGUGGAACCAAACAUGAGUUUAAGUCAGAUCUUAUUAUUUUUUUGUAAAUAUGGCAUAUAUUUGCUAACUUACUCAUAUUAAUCCACAAAAAGAAGAAAAGAAUAUAUAACUAAUCAUUAUCUUUUUCCAAUGGCUUGUUAAUUUGAAUAUACUGUUGAGUUUUGAGAUU